AUGCACCGCCAAUGGAUAGCUCCAGUUGGUCAGAACACAUUGGCCAAAACUGUAAAGAGAAUGUGUACAGCAGUUGGUUUCGAAGGUUUUUACACUAACCAUUCCUUAAGUGCCACGUGCGCGGCCCGUCUGCAUCAAAAUGGUGUCGAAGACCAGUUAAUUAGACGUCGAACAGGUCACAAAAGUAACGCAAUAGACAAUUAUAAAAGAACAAGUAACAAGCAAGAUGCUAUGAUAAGUUGUCUGGUACAAGGUUCGAGAAAACGUAAACUGGAAACCUGUGAAGAACCAGAAUCACAUUAG